UACCAGGACCAGAGGUUCUGCUUCAUCCAUCUGAGUGUCCAGGAGUUUCUGGCUGCUCUUCAUGUCCAUCAGACCUUCACCAACACUGGAGUUGAUCUGCUGUCAGGAAAAACAUCUCUUUGGUCUAAACUAUUCAUGGACAAAUCUGUCCAGUUGUACCAGACCGCUGUGGACCAGGCCUUACAGAGUCCAAAUGGACACCUGGACCUGUUCCUCCGCUUCCUCCUGGGUCUAUCACUGCAGACCAAUCAGAGUCUCCUACAAAGUCUGGUGAAACCCACAGGAAGCAGCUCAGAGACCAACCAGAAAACUGUUGAGUACAUCAAGAAGAAGAUCAGUGAGAAUGUGUCUGCAGAGAGAAGCAUCAACCUGUUCCACUGUCUGAAUGAACUGGAGGAUGGAUCUCUGGUGGAUCAGAUCCAACAGUACCUGAGAUCAGGACGUCUGUCCACAGAACAACUGUCUCCUGCUCAGUGGUCAGCUCUGGCCUUCAUCUUACUGUCAUCAGAAAAAGACCUGGAUGUAUUUGACCUGAAGGAACACUCUGGUUCAGAGGAGGUUCUUCUGAGGCUGCUGCCAGUGGUCAAAGCCUCCAACAAAGCUCUGUGAGAACAAACAGUUGGAUCAAACAUCGCAAAGAUGGAUCUAUCAUUUCAACCAGAUUAAUAACUUUAUACUCAUGCCUUUUGUUUUGUCCAGACUCAGUGGCUGUAACCUGUCAGACAGAAGCUGUGAAGCUCUGUCCUCAGUUCUCAGAUCCCAGUCCUGUAGUCUGACACAUCUGGAUCUA